CGUACAGUUUCCGUCCAUCCUAUCCUAUCAGAAAGAAUGAAGAUAUUCCAUUUUACUUUAAUAUGUAAUUCUGCUGAAAAUCUGAAGUGUUGCAAGUCCGAAACGAGAUAGUGAUUAGUGAAUUGGAAUUUGGAAAUCCGGUCAGGACUUGGUUAACAAUAAAUUUUCGGCGUUCAUAUGAUGUGCGCGAAUCGUUUUCUCGUCAACUCUUGUUUGACCGCCGUUUAAUAAAAACACGCAGUUAACAGUUUUUAAAAAUACAGGCAAGUAUUUUUGAUGUUAAAACUAGAGAGUUCGUAACAGCCAAACGCCGUCGGCCAUUGACAUUUGCAAUAAGAUAAUAAUAUUAUUAUAAAAACAAACAAAAAAUAUCAUGAAGUUUAGAAGAGGAAAGAGACCGCAAAAUGGCCAGAACAACAACACCAGCCGUUUUCGAGCCCAACUUUCCGGUCCACGUAAUCGAUUGCGUUCGAUCGCCGCUAACAAAGCCAACAAAGUGAAAAGAUUGCGCGAAAUCAAGAAACAGCGCGGUACCGGUAAACUGCAAAACAGAAAAGUGCUGGACAAGAGGAUGGUCACCAACGAUGUAAUGGACGCCCGAGUGAAGUUGCUGCAUAAAGCGCUGGUCACGCCAACAAAGAUAGUUGACGCCAGACAGAAAUUGUCAAAACAGAAAGACGCCAGACAAAAAAUCGAAGAGCGCCGUUUGCAAUCGUCCCACGACGGUACACAAAACGCAGGGACGUCUAGAGGAUUUGUUGACAACGGAGGCCGCGUUAAGAUUGACCGACGUGGUAUUCUAACAGUGAAAUCCAUUUUGCACGAAAGAUCCGGCUUACGGCAUGCUGACUUUAGGGGGGAUAGACAAUACAACGAAAACCAUCAAGCUCGUCAUGACAGUUUACUCAGGAGACGUAGUAACAACACGUACAAUUCCAAUUUGAAUACGUUCAGAAGUGACAGACCUGUCGAAGAACCUAGGCCAUCGAGACGCAACGCUAUAGCUCCGAGGAGACCUGUUUCAAGUACUCGAGGUAUGCGAAGAGCACCCGAUAGAUCAGGCAUGAGGUCGGCAAGAAUCAAUGAAAAGCCUUAUGCCAGAGCUGUGGAUAACGCCUAUGACGAUUCUAUGGACUGGGAAGAAGACACUCGAUAUUCACCUGCUCCCGUGCACCGGAGAGGCGUCGGAAAUUCUAUGGCUGGUCGUGACGAAUACCACGAAAGUAUGCCCAACCUUCUGGAUAGACUUCCAAGGUCUCAAAGAGGGCUGAGUGAAACGUUACGUUCGAGAUUAGACUCGCAUCAAACUGCACUGACAAAACGAGCCAGACCCAGCGGCCAUAAGAUUGUCGUAUCUAAUCUCGAGCCGUCUGUUACGUCCGAGGAUAUAAGAGAGCUGUUUGCCGACAUUGGUGAUUUACUGGAAUCUAGAGUCGUCAGGCCGGGCGUCGCUGAAGUGAUAUAUGAACAUCGAGCGGACGCCAUUCAGGCGGUAGAAGUCUAUCACAACAGACAACUCGACAGUCGGCCCAUGAAAUGCGAAUUGGUCCGCAACAGCAGUUCCAACGUUAAUCCGAUACAUUUGUCCGGAGGAAAUCGUAGGAUGCCUUCUCGCGCUGCUGACAUGUACAAUUCUCCGUACGUAACGUACGACAUUGAUGCCGUGCACACUGCAUUGUUCAACAAGUAGUUGUAAAUCUCAAAUUUGAUUUUUUACUAGACAUUUGUUUUUUUUCUGCGCGGUCUAUUUAUGUAAUUGAUAUAAAUUCAUAAUAGUUUAAUCUAUUAUUUUUUUCUUUUUUUUUAUUCACUGAAAGAAUGAAUAAUCUAACAAACCGAGUGUUGCUAUAACAAUACACCAACAAUUAAAAAUACAUAGUUAUCAGAUGUAAUUUCGUUGUUUUUUUUUUCCGUUUGCUAUUAAUGUUUAUUUGUAAUUAACCUGUCGUAUAAUUAAUUAUGCCGUAAUUAAAAUCGAAGUUGAGAAAUCGCCAAUUGUUCAUAUGUAUAAUGUUUCGUUGCAAAAAAAAAAUGUAUUUAUUCAAAUUUGUUGAAAAUAAUAUGUUUAUUGAAAAUAUACAGUAUGUUACGAGUUGUAUAUAGGUAACAGUAGUUACUUGGGAAAGUAAAUCAAAUCACAGAUAACAGUAUAGUCACGACAGGGGGUACAGUGGCUAUCAUGCUGAAGAUGGACUCGAAUCUGAAACAACAGCAAAAAACUGAAGACAUGGAUAAAUCUGACAGCUAUUAUCCACUUAAUACUUUAAUCCGUUAAAAGCUUUAACACAUUCAAAACUGUAAAAUUAGCGUUAAUUCAUUGUGUAGUGAAAAGGCUUAUGAUUUUUAAGACUAAUGGAAAAACGAU